AAGGUCGGUUGUGACCUGCGUCUGGGCUCGGAGAUGAAGGAGGACCAUUGUGGGGUGUGUGGAGGAGACGGCUCCUCUUGCAACAAGCCCUCCUACUACUGGGAGAAGAGAGCCAAUGGUCCUUGCUCUGCUACGUGUGGUGGAGGCUAUCAGAUGCUAUCAGCCGUGUGUGUGGAGCGCUCGAGCGCCAGGCGAACGUCAGAGGAGCUCUGCGACCAUUCCACCAGGCCCAUUCCUGUUAUACUCAACUGUAAUGACGACGCCUGUCCUACCAGCUGGCAGACUGGGGAUUGGGGCAGCUGCUCCGUCACGUGCGGAUCCGGCUACCAGCUGCGGGAAGUGUACUGCGCAGAGCCGCGCAAUACGAGCGCAGUCCGCGUCGCUGACCACUACUGCACCCCUCCCAGGCCCCGCCAUCGUCAGCCCUGUAACACGUACGACUGUCCGCGAUGGUACGACGGUAUAUGGUCCCAGUGUUCAGUGUCGUGUGGUGACGGGGUACAGACGCGGGUGGUGCUGUGUCGCGACGCCCAGGGCCUGUCUUCCCGUCUCUGUCAGGGUGCUACCCGUCCGUCCGACACCCGUCCCUGUCGCACGGGAGUCGCCUGUCCGCCGCCCAAGACCCUCGCUCACCCACGCCACCAGCCUUACACACCGUCGUGGUGGUCGGAAGAGCAGGACGCCCUGGCCAGCGGGGAGGGCCCAGCACCGCCUCUCAUUCCUCGUCCCCAGGCACUGAUUGUCGACCACCAGGUGCCAUCAGAGCCAACAUACAUGAUGGGCAACUGGAGCAGCUGCAGCGUGUCGUGUGGAGAAGGUCAGAGGCGCCGGACUGUCACUUGCAAGAUCUUCUUGGAGUUCUCCCGUACAGUGGCGGUGCUUCCGGAUGAUCAGUGCCCCGGGGCCAAGCCUCCAGAGACCAAACCCUGCCUUCUGCCUCUAUGUUUGCACGAUUAUCGUGGUGGUGAGGUCAGUGAUGCUGCGCAGGAGCAUCCCAUUGUGAGUCUGGAAGAUGCCCAUGAAGAUGAGUCGAAUAAUGACCGCAAAAUUCAUGAGACGCCCUUUCUACCAAGGCUAGUGGAUGAAGAUGCAGCCUCGGGUAGAAGCAAGGAGUUAGGACAGGAUUUAGAUUUGUCGGUGCCGAAGGCACAAGCAUAUAAUGAACCACGUCCUGGCCUCCACUCCUAUGAGACACCUAUUGAUCUGCGUGCUCCCAGUGAUCCCCUACAUCUAUAUGCUAGUGAAAUUGGUGUCAAUAACCAAUAUGAAUCAUAUGAGGUGCCCCAUAGAAAGCCUCAUUUAGAAUCUGAACACUCGGAGAUGAACUCUAUAGAAAUUGACAUGGGUGGAGGUGAGGGAGAAUAUCCUGGGUCUUAUCAGAUUGAUGAGGAGUCCAACGAUGGCCAAGUCUACCAGUGGACCACCCUAGGCUUUGGGUCCUGCAGUGCUUCAUGCCUUGGUGGAGUACAAGAGUCUAUGGUAACGUGUAUCAGGACCUCGGACAGAAAACCGGUAAUAGCACAGCUGUGUAGCACCCAGGUGCGGCCAGACAUCAUUACACGCACCUGCAAUGACCAGCCUUGUCCUCCACGAUGGAAUAUUUCUGAAUUUGGAGAAUGCAGCAAGCCAUGUGGUGGAGGAAUACAGACACGAGAGGUGAAGUGUAUCCACGAAGUGACUCGAGGAGGGACCAAUACUGUAGAAGUGCCCGACAGACUCUGCCCACAACCACCACAUCGUACACAGCAACACUGCAACUUCAGGGAUUGUCCACCAGAGUGGGUUCCAGGCCGAUGGUCGAAGUGUUCAGCACCAUGUGAUGGGGGAGUGAAACAGCGUGAAAUGAAAUGCCACCAGACCCUGGCAAAUGGGCGGAUUGAAGAGAGGCCCAGCAGAGAGUGUCCCCAUCGGCAGCCACGCUCUCUCAGAAAGUGCAACCAGAGGGCCUGCCAGAGCGAGAAACAAGAACCCAGGAAUUCCAUUAUUAAAGCCCAAGUUCACCAAAACUACAUCCAAAGCAAGUUUAUGAAAAGGCUUACUCUCAAGGUUGGUGGAAAGGCUGCAGUGUUCCGAGGAGUAAAAGUGAAAGUGAAAUGCCCCGUGCGACGCUUUGAUCGUGCGAAGAUUACUUGGUGGUACGAAGGUAACAAAAUUGGAAAUAGAGGUUCGGUCAGAACUAACAAAAAUGGUGUUCUUAAAAUCAAAGAAGUGCAGUACCCACAUGCUGGAGUCUAUAUCUGCAAAGCAAAUGUGUCUGAGGCCAAUAUUACCCUUGAGGUGAAGCCCUUACCCUCAAGCUAUCCAUCGUCAGAGGAACUUCAUCAUACAUCUGGCAGCUCGGUUAAUGAAGUCAGUCUCCACAACUUUGAUACUACGGGCACUCUCAAUGGCUAUGAAUGGUUGCCUAACAAGUCCAGUAAGUUCCAAGGCACUGGAGGUCGUCGUCGAAAGGGAAGGAGAAGGAACAAACCCACAAAGAACAAAGGACGCGGAGGUCGCCGUCGUAAAGGUAACUGGGAUAGCGAGUGGCCAAAGAGCAGCAACAAGACAGCGUGGACCAUGCAUACCACAUUUAGACCAAUACUACCUUUCCCCACAAGCUCAGGAUCAGUAACACUGGGAGAAGGACCCUUUAAGGCAUCAAGCAAAAACAUGCACACUGUUGAGGUGACAAGCAGUGAAGCAACUAACACUUUUGACCCCACAUUUUGGCAGCGCAACACUCACACCCAUAAACCUAAACAGGAUUACGUGUAUGGGACGGUCAGACACACUCACGACUGGCCUCUCCACAGUGAGAAGGGUUACCACAGAGAGACGGGAUGGGAUGAAGAGACACACUUAUUUGGAACUACCAAUCAUCUUCCGGAGAAGGACAUUGGUGAAGAAACACAACAUACUUUUGGCACAAUCACUCACCAUAGACAGAAACUUACAAGAUCUUUCUCCAGUGAUGGAAGCCGCUUCACUAGUGAAGAAAACCAGAGUUAUGGUAUUAUACAUUAUGGCCCGCAAGCUGAAACAACAGACACGACAGAUUCUGGACGAACAAGCUGGUCAGAUAUGACCACUGUUCCAGAAACCCACGUGCCUGAGAAGAACCCUGCCUUUGAGGAAGACCGCAAUUCUAUUGAAGAUGCUCUUAGUGGGGUGGAAACAGAGUCGCGUUUCUCGCCGGCACGUAGUGAUUCAGAUAGAGAGCACCGCCACCAUAUACCUCAUCGGUCAGAUUUGAGGUCUUGGUCAAAUCAUGGUGUAACUUGGAACUCAGGUCUUAGCACAGGCCGCAGGCCAAGUCAGAGCACCUCUUCUCCCACUUGGGACUAUGCCUCAAGCACUACCUCAAACAAUUCCCAAUUGUGGCAUUCUUGGACCAACUCUUUGGACCAGCACCAGCAGUACGACCCCCCUGGCACCCCCCACUCGCACACCGAGGCCUCCCCUUCCCUGCCCCCUGCACCUCCCAACACCAGCUCUGGAGGCUCUCGCUCUGUACCCUACUUCCAGAAGCUGCUGUCCAACCUGGAGAGCUUUUUGCCGGCCUCUCUGCAGAGAACAAUCAGCUCUAGGGGAGGACGCCAUGCUGCUCCACCAAGAGACGAGUUUGGUGGAAUGAUCUCUCAUGACCUUGUUCGUGACGUAACUACCACUGAGCAUCCACUCGGAACGCCUGAAAUCCUUGGCAAAGGCACUCGGGAUUCUCUGGAGUUUGAAUGGCAAGUGACAAAUUGGUCCGAGUGUUCCCAGACUUGUGGCUUCACCAGCACUUCUAGUGGAUUUCAGGUUCGGUCCAUGCAAUGCCUAGUGAAGGUGAAUAAUGUGAGUCGGCCAGUGGAUGGGGCAUUGUGCGUGGAUGCUGGACUCGAGGCCCCAGUCACCCUACAGAAGUGCGGUCUUACAGAGUGUCCACAGUGGCAUUUUGGAGAGUGGUCAGAGUGCGAGUCAUCACGCUGUUUCACACUUUAUCAUGCUUUUCAACGUCGUGAUGUGGUGUGCCGACUCCAUAACGGUACAGUUGUCAGUGCUUCACAGUGCGAUGACCGAACUCGUCCCCGGCAUCGGCAAGAAUGCUACAACUAUCAAUGCUCUGGUGUAUGGCGAGUCGGCGAGUGGUCAGAGUGUACUGCACUGUGUGGAGGACAGGGGUAUCGAACUCGGCUUUUGCAGUGUGUUUGGAAUGGUACCAAGAAAGCAGCUGGUAAUGCCUGUCGAGAACUGCCUCGUCCUGAAGUGGUUCGCUGGUGUGACGGUGAACCCUGCCCUGACCUCAGUGAGGAGGAAACCAAGGAGUUGAGCGAGUGUCGGGAUCGGAGUAAGUACUGCAACAUUGUCAAGAGGAUGAACAUGUGCCGCAUCCCAACGUACCGAAAGCAAUGUUGUCGUUCCUGUCCUUAGCACAUCCCUUUUCCUCGCCGUGGAGACACCUUAGCAGAGCCUCACCACCUCAGUACUGUUGGCCCACUUUCAGGUACUGGGAGUCCUUUACCUAGACCAUGUGAUCACAAACACUUGAUAUCACAGGGUUAUUUUAUUCAUUUUAACUUGAGUAAAUCAGAGUGCUAAUGUAAAAGUAAUUAAUAAUAAUAAUAAUAAUAAUAAUAAUAAUAAUAAUAAUAAUAUAUCAUUAAUGGAGCCUCAAGAUCUGUACCAAUUUGAAUUAUUGGUUAAUAUCAUAUAAGCAGAUUCAGAUUAGUUAUAUUCGACUUGGUUCAAUUUUCAUGCAAGCAAACAUUCUUGUGUAGCACAUACGUAUAUUUCUUUUCAACCAGCUUGCACUAGUUCAUGAUAUAACCUUGUAUAUACAGUACAGUACGAGUUUUGAAGCCGAUUCUUGUCCUUCAUUUAAAAAUGCUCAACUCGGAGAGGAGAGGUGACCAUAGAGCAUGAAGUUUAAGUUAUCCAUUAAAAAACAAAUUGAAGAAUACAAGAUGAAUGUUUCAUCAGCCAGAAGAACAUAAUGAGUAUGAAACAAGUCAACACACACACACACACACACACACACACACAGACACACAGACACACAGACACACAGACACACACACACACACACACACACACACACACACACACACACACACACACACACACACACACACACACACACACACACACACACACACACACACGCGCACACAUGGUGGACAUCCGUUGAGUGUUGCAGUCUCGAGGCUCGAGGUGUGUGAAGGUGAUCUGCUUUACAUUGGCCUGAAAUACAACACACUGUAUAUAUUUGAUGUCAUAAAGUUCCAAUGUUUAUGUAUAGAGAGAGACAUUAGCAUAUUUACAUAAUAGUGGUUAGAUAUAAGUGCUAAAAAAAAGGGUAAUAGUUGCUUGUACAGGAAAAUAAUUGAUAAUAUUAUACUGAUAUUUCAAGCAGCUGAAAACUUUAAGUGAUAUUAUAUAGACUGUUGUGGUCCAUGUGCACUUGAAAUUAAGAUUACUGUUCUAAAUUUGGAGUAACUGAUAAUUUUGGAUUGUCUGAGGGCCGUGACAUCACUGAAUAUUCUCAAAGCACAGAGACCGUGUGUAGAUUUUGUGAAGGUCCCUGAUACAUUAUGUUGACCCUUUGUAACCCCCUAGAGAACAUGUGAAUUAUUUAGUAAUAUGGCAUCAAUCAGUAUAAUGUAAAACAUUUGUAUUAUGUUGAUGAUCGUAUGGUUCAGUGCUUACACUGUACAAUCAUUGACAUAAUAGAGACUUCAGUUCCAUUUGUAUAUUAUUUAAUGUUUAUUUCAUUGGUAUAUGAAUGAGAUCUUAUGUCUGUGAAUACAGUAAUGUUCUUUUAUGCUUUUUAUAUGAUUAAGAGUUCGUAUGAGGAUUACCUGUAAAAAAAAAACACCCAGUUUGCUUUAUUUUUAAUAUCUCCAAUACUUAAAACUUAGGUACAGUAUACAUGAAUACUGUAUUAUUUUUGUUUUUUGUUUGCCAUAGGAAUAUUGUAUCCAUAAAAUUCAUUAUUUUAUUCUUCUGACUAGUGAAAUGCACAAGUACAUAGUAUUCUGACAGGUGUAUUUAAUGUGUGCAAAAGAUUGAUAUUCAGCGACACUAGUUAUGCUGUUCCUGGAAUGCUGUAGGCUUUCCUAUGUGCAACAUGGCAUUUCUCAGGGUAGCAUCAAGAUUUAACAUUUACAUUAUUAUUAAAUCACAAAGUGUCACUUGAAUCCAUACUAGACAGCAAUUUACACCCACUUUAGGAGAGAGUGUGGGAUCUGAGAUGAUUCAAGCUCACCUAAAUAAGGGUGCACACCUAAUAAAGGGUCAUGUAUACUUUAGCUGUCUGCAAGCAUGGCAUUUCAAUAAUAUACAGUACAGUACAUAGAUAAUGUAUUAGAUAAGUGUCGUAUGCAUCCCUGUGUUGUAGAGCAAUAACACCCUAAUUGAUAAAUGUACAGUAGAACGUAUCUGUAAUACAUUACGUAACUUAUGAUAUACGAAGUCCAAGGUAUCCACUACAUAACGAUGCUGCUGCAAUAUUUAUGUUUUAUGUUAUGUUUUGUUGCCCCAUGUGAAGUAAUAGUUUAAAUUGUGUUAAGAUUAAUACAACCAUCUUGAUCUUGUGUGCAUGUAAUGGUAGUCAUGCUGUGUCAACAUUUUCCCUCAUUUACAUCAUUAGAAACUCCUUUGAAAAAAUGGGAGAGCCAAUUUUUACCCAUUGUGAUUUGGGAUUGUACAGUAUAACCCUCCCAUCAUGAUUCCGGGUUAUACAGUAUACCCGCCAUCAUGAUUCCGGGUUAUACAGUAUACCCGCCAUCAUGAUUCCGGGUUAUACAGUAUACCCGCAUCAUGAUUCCGGGUUAUACAGUAUACCCGCAUCAUGAUUCCAGGUUAUACAGUAUAUCCAUCAUGAUUUGGGGGUAUACAGUAUACCCCAUUAUGAUUCGGGGGUAUACAGUAUAUCCCCAUCAUGAUUCGGGGGUGUACUGUAAUGUUUUUCAGGAAACUGAGAAACUGACACUACUUAAAGCCUUGUCUAAUUUCAUGAUUUGAAGGAAGGAAAUAAUUCACAAAACAUUAUCCUGUCAAUAUUUAUUUAAUUAAGUACAGUACAUACUUCAUUAUUGGAGCAACUUGUGUACAUUUUUUUUUUAUAGAUGAUGAUAAUGAAGUAUAUUUAUAUUUUGCUGAAAAUUAUAACUUAAAAGAAAGUUAAAUUGUUUAAUACUGCCAGAUUCUCCUCAUGUGGCUUGUGUAUAAUUUAUUGUUAGUGUAAAAUACACUCACGAUAAAUUAUGCUCAAUUCGCUCGGAGGAGAAUUUUAAAAAUUAGUAAAAUUCACAGUUUUCAUGCCACAAGAUCAGGAUACUCAUUAAGACUCUACCUCAGUUUGAUUGCAAAAGAAGCUUGUGAUGCCAGACUAUAGCCCAAAAAAAGAAAAAAAAAAAACUCCAGGUCAUAGGAUUGGAAAUUAAAGUAGUAGAUGAUGAGAUAGAAGCCAUAGAAGCGUAAUUAUGAGAGGGCUUCUUGGACGAAUAUUUGAUGGAGAUUACGAAUGGGUAUUUCAUAGCAGUUUUGAGUCGAGUGUGAAAGGGAAUGAAUGUUUAAUGAUAUAGUUGGGUAACCAAAAAAGGUAAUGUUGUAUAAGUUGUAAUAAAUUGUAGACCAAAAAUUUAAUACAUAUAAGUAACACAUUGAGAGUUAGUAAGGAGAAUUUACAGCCCAACAUGGGGAAAGCUUCGUAUCCUCAGCAGCUAUUAAUAAACAUUUUGAUGUCAUUUUAUGAAGGGGUAGGGAGAUCGAGUGGGCACCAUUCCAAAGUAUCCAUGUUCAAUAGUUGGUAAAUCUCCUUAAAUGUAGAGACCUAUAGGUGAGUAAUGUUAUGCUAGGAGUACCUUCUUUUACUAGUUCCAUCCUCAACGUAUGUAGAAUGACUUGUCUACAGCAUUUGUGAUUCAUUUGAAGCCAUUUGAGUUAAAACUUGUUUCUCUCUCUCUGUGACAGCAACAAAGAGAGGCAAAAAUGUGUCAUUAUAAAAUUUCCCAUUGAUAGGGUUCUUUGUGGAAGCCUCUGCCUUAAAUGUGGGAAGUACACUUAUAAAUGUAGAUACAUUUAGGAAAAAAUGUCCUUGUGGUUCAUAAAUGAAAAUUGUAUAUAUAUCGGUGAUUGUUUAGAUCUAAAAUAUCCAUCCUCAAAAAUCUAAUACAGUACAGUACUGUACUUUGACAACAUUUGUCUAAUUUGUAUCACUCUUAAAGUUGGAGGGAAUCUGUUUGUAUUGCAACAUUAUCAAACAAAUGAAAUCAUUUUUGACUAUUGUUGCUUUUUUGUCUGAAUUUAACAUGCAUAUACAGUACAGUAACGAGGUACAUGCUGAUACAGUAACGAAGUACAGUACAUUAGAGUUGUGUGGAAUUUAAUGUUUCUAAAUUAAUGUUACUAAAUAAUUUGGAAUAACUAUGCUAUUAUUGCCGAUAUCUUCUUUUAUACAGACGCGGAAUGCGGUAACUGUCACCAAAUAUAAUAAUAAUACCAAUGUUAAUUCAAAAGAAUGUGUGUACAAAGAACAUAAGAGUAAUGUUAAUAGGGAUAGGAGUUACACAUACGAAUGAAGCCACUAUUAAACUGUUAUACUAAUGUAAGACAUUUUGUUUGGCAUGUCGAACUUUGUGGCUGAUUACUCCAAGAAAGUAAUAGAAAACAACAACUAUAUGGGUGAUAACGAGUUUUUAACCUCCAUUUGCUAAAAGAAUUGGUGUUUGUAUAUUUUUAGUAAUACAGUAUGUACAUAACAGCUAGUAAUACUGUAUGAUCAUAACUGCUAGUAAUAUAAACAUCAUUGUCAUUGCCUGCAGAGUAAUACGACCAUCAUUGUCAUUGCCUGCAGAGUAAUACGACCAUCAUUGUCAUUGCCUGCAGAGUAAUAUGAACAUCAUUGUCAUUGCCUGCAGAGUAAUAUGAGCAUCAUUGUCAUUGCCUGCAGAGUAAUAUGAACAUCAUUGUCAUUGCCUGCAGAGUAAUAUGAGCAUCAUUGUCAUUGCCUGCAGAGUAAUACGAACAUCAUUGUCAUUGCCUGCAGAGUAAUACGAACAUCAUUGUCAUUGCCUGCAGAGUAAUACAAACAUCAUUGUCAUUGCCUGCAGAGUAAUACGAACAUCAUUGUCAUUGCCUGCAGAGUAAUACGAACAUCAUUGUCAUUGCCUGCAGAGUAAUACGAACAGAACUAAAAUAGAAGACGAUUGUAACAGGUAAGGAAAAGUUAAGAAUUACAAAUGUUUGUUUCAGACAAAAUAAUAUAACUGCACGAUUAUAGCUAAGGAAUUUACUGUAGUUAUAAUAAUAGUAGUGUGUGGAAGUUUUGCAAGAAAUUUUGAGAAUCUCAUGUGUCACGAUUUUCUUAUAAAACUUUACCAAUGUCUCACUAAUGUAGAGUAAGGAAUUGUUAGUACAAAACUACCGAGUGCCAGGGUUUUGGAAGUUUUCAUCAUAUUGAUGGACAGAGUAAAUAGGAUGGAAAUAUGUUUGUAAAGUGAAGUUUGCAUUUUUGUAUAUGAGAUAAUAAGAUGAACCUAAUGUUAUGUGAGUACUUGAAGGUAGCAAAAACGAAUGCAUAUGGAUAUUUUUCUGUUCUAUGACAGUUUGACUGAAUUUUAACAUAUGCUGCUACUGUGUUCAGUGAGGUGAAAGAAAGCAAUGAGAAAUAAGUUAAGAGAAGCAGAGACGCACAUAGGAGUAUUUUUAAGGAAAAUAGUUAUUGAGCAAUGUUAAAUGCUGAGGUGGCCGUAUCAGCCUGUUUGUACAUUAUUUUCCCUACAGUAAUAUACUUUGCACGAGACAAACACAGGGAAUGGCAGAGUGUGAAGGACUGUGCCAUUUAUAAUGAUAAAAAGUGAAGUGAGAUCCACUGGAAAAGCUUCAGGUGUAACAGUCAAGUUAAAAUGCAAACCUAUGUAAUGUGAUUCAUUCAAUGCCUCAUAUUUUAUAGAAGGCUUUUCAUAUAUUUCCAAUGCAGCCCAGUUGUUCAGCUACUGUGUGGGCCUUUGUGCUGAACCAAUGAUAGAAGACAGUCCAGUCUCAGUCAGUGCACAAUAACAGGUUACAAUACCAGGUUGCCUACUGCUGUAUACUCUUUAGUCUCCUGUUACUAUAUUGUAAGGUGUCAGUUCUUGACAUUCCUGUGUGUGGCGAGGGAUGCAGUAAUAAUGAGUUAGGAAAUGAUAUUAAUCACUUUAAAAUAAAUAAAUGAAUGUGUAUAUUAUAUUAUUACAUAAAUACAUAUAUACUGUAAAUAUAAAAUCGGCAAUGAAUUCACACAGUGUAGUGAGGCAAAUAUUACACAGUGCACACUUAUCUGUGCUCUGACCACUCUGCCACUCUACAAAAGAAGCUGUGAGAGUUUGCCAAUGCUUAGUUGAUUCCUUGGUGAAUUUCUUAAGUUGUAAUUGUUAUGUUGUGGCUAUCCAAGCAACAUGAAAUGGUGAUGAAAUGGUGAUCACUAAGAUGUGAAUUUGAGUCCAGAACAAAAAACUUUUUUUUUU